CCCGGCCGGCGGCCGAUAUAAGCGCCCGCUGACCCACAGACGAACCACUCUUGGUUUCGGUGCGGUGACGGAGCACGUGCGGUGAGAGACAGAGACGGCAAGAGAGAGAGAGAGAGAGACACAUAGUGUUCAGACUACCAUCAGGAUGCGUCUGAGCCACGUAGCGGUGCUGGUGUGCGCCCUGGGCUGGGUGGCCGCCCAGGACGCCUACACCCAGGGCGUGGUGAACGGAGCCACGCUGGCCCUGGCCGGUACGGCCGUGGUCGGCCUGGGAGCCAUCGCCAUCAAACAGCAUCAGAACCGUAACCGCUACAGGAACCGGUACAGGUAUAACGCGUACCCGUCCUACAACUACUACAACUACGACCCGUACUACCAGCAGCAGCAGUACUACUACCGCCGUCGCCGCUCCACCGAGCCUGAGGACGACCUGGAGCGCGACUUUGAGAAGAUCAUGGCCCAGGACAAGGGCCAGUGCGGGAUGAGAGUGGUCUGCGAGCUGGAAGCCCAGGCCGCCUCGGGCGCCGAGCUGAGCGACUUCGGCCGGCUCAUCGUCAGCCUGUUCGGACCGACUCCCGGGCCGGUGCCGGCCGCCGCGCUGGACACCGCCCACGGACGGUACGGGUACGCCGCCUACGUCGGCUUCAAGAGCGGCCUGGCCUCGUGUGCCGAGCUCUACUCGAGUUGCCAGUUCGGUAGCAAGACCAUCAUGAGGCUGGUGCAGGCCUCGCAGACCCAGCCAGCCGCCGCCGAGAACCUGUGAGGAGAGUAUGGGUUGCCUCUGAGCUCUGAGGCCCGAGACCGUCUGAGAAAGGAUUGUCAGUGUGAGAAAGAGAGGUGUACCAACAAUGCCUUGCUGUCCUGAGCCCGCGGAAGGUAUGCUUUACUUUCGAACAUCUUUCAGAGAUUCAGUUAGUCAUUUGAGAAGAAAGUCAUAUUGAUGUUUUUGCUACGACCUUUUCGCUGUUUGUUAUAGCGCUCCCCCAUAAUAGCUCAACCACGCAUUCGAUAGCCCUGUGAAGAGCUCAGCGCCUCUGGUCUGAGCACAGCAGUGGGUCUACGGAAGUUCAGUUAGCACUUGUAUCGGACAUAGGACCGGUGGGGGCCCGACCGAGCACCCCCCCCCCCCCACGGUCGGCGACGGGAACGCAGCGAGGUCGAUUUGUUAGAGGCUAACGUGCGUUGUAUUGGUGAGCGAGUUUCAGCCUACUAUGGAUGGUGACAGUUCCAACCAUUGCAUUGUGGUGAUUUGUCAUAUGUUGUCAGUUGUGAUUUUGUGUUGCCUGGAGCGAUUCUUACUUCUUAGCAACCAAAGACGUCUUAUCUUCAAAGUCAAAGUGCCGUUUUAUCUUUAGUGAAGUUAGAGUUGAUUCAUUCUUUGUGCAUGUAAGACGGAUGGACGUUCAGUUUUCCUUUAAAUUAGUCAAUAGUCAUAACGUCGUUUGGAUGAUGUUAUGUUGUACAGACGAUAGUUAACGUUGAAAUACUCCAGCAGUAUUGUACUAAAUAACGGCUAGUGCCGCGUAAGUGGCUGGUUACUUGGCAGUUCAGUAUUGAUAUAUGAUUUACGGUGCUUGUUAUGUGUAUGCUGAGUGCACUUUUAUAAAUAAACAUAAAAACAUCAA